CAAAAUAUGGCAGAUUCUACUGUUUUCACCGGACAAUCUGGUGGAUACUAUCGUCCCCAAGCUGGUAUUGUGUCCAAAAUCCGGUUAGAGAACUUCAUGUGCCACAGCAAUCUCGAAAUCGAGCUCGGCGAUCGUGUCAAUUUCAUCACAGGCCAGAAUGGAAGUGGGAAGAGUGCGAUACUGACGGCGUUGUGUGUGGCAUUCGGAUGCCGAGCUAAAGGCACGCAAAGGGCGGCAACGAUGCAAGACUUUAUAAAGACUGGUUGCAGUUAUGCUCUCGUUCACGUCGAAAUGAAAAAUCAUGGGGAUGAUGCUUUCAAGCCAGAAACAUAUGGUGACACCAUAGUUAUAGAGCGUAGGAUUACUUCAUCCACUAGUUCCACCAUUUUAAAAAAUCACCAAGGAAAAAAGAUAGCUCAUCGAAGAGAUGACCUUAUUGAGCUUGUAGAACAUUUCAAUAUUGAUGUUGAGAAUCCUUGUGUGAUAAUGAGUCAGGACAAAAGCAGAGAAUUCUUGCAUUCAGGAAAUGACAAAGAUAAAUUCAAGUUUUUCUUCAGGGCAACACUUCUGUAUCAAGUUAGUGAUCUUUUAGGAAGUAUUGAGAAAGAAUUGAGUGGUGCCAAUGAAUUGGUUGAUAAACUGGAGAAAUCAAUAAGUCCCAUACUAAAGGAACUUAAUGAGUUGCAAGGGAAGAUCAAAAGCAUGGAGCGUGUAGAAGAAAUAUCUCAGCAAGUGCAGUUGCUAAAGAAGAAACUUGCAUGGUCAUGGGUAUAUGAUGUAGAUAAGCAACUCCAGGAGCAAAAUGCAAGGAUUGAAAAGUUAAAGGAGCGGAUACCGGCUUGUCAAGCCAGAAUUGAUCGGCAGCUUAGUAGUAUGCCAUUGUUAGAAGAGUCGGCUGAAGAAUCUGAGAUGGAGCAAAAGCUGAAGGAGCUUCAAGAUGAGGUUGACAAAGCUAGUCUUACAAUUCAAAGGUUGAAGGAGGAAGAGGAUGCCUUAUCAGAAAGCCUAACCAUUGCAAAGGAUGAGAUCAAAAAAAUUGCUUGCGAGAUUGACGAUAAUGAAAAGAAGGAUCGUGAGCUUCGUUCGUACAUCCGUGACCUUCAAUUGCAUCAAAGCAACAAGGUUACAGCUUUUGGGGGAGUUAGAGUGACCAAUCUCUUACAAGUUAUUGAGAGGCAUCACCAUAGAUUCAGGAGGCCACCCAUUGGUCCCAUCGGUGCCCAUGUGAAUUUGAUUCAUGAUGAUAAGUGGGCUCUUGCUAUUGAAAAUGCCAUUGGCAAGUUGCUGAACGCUUUUAUUGUGACAGAUCAUAAAGAUUCUCUUCUUUUGAGGUCAUGUGCAAGAGAGGCAAACUACAAUUACCUUCAGAUUAUCAUAUAUGAUUUUGCCAGACCAAGGUUGAAUAUUCCAAAUCACAUGCUUCCUCAGACUAACCACCCAACUACAAUUUCUGUUAUACAUUCAGACAAUCCUACUGUGGUUAAUGUCUUGAUCGACGUGGGUAGUGCUGAGAGACAAGUUCUUGUUAGAGAUUAUGACGUGGGAAAAACUGUUGCUUUUGACCAAAGGGUUUCAAAUUUGAAGGAAGUUUACACUUUAGAGGGGUACAAAAUGUUUUCCCGUGGUUCAGCCCAGACCAUUCUUCCACCAAAUAAGAAUGUGAGGACUGGUCGUCUCUGUAGUUCAUAUGAUGAUCAAAUUAAGAAUUUUGAAAGAGAGGCAUUAAACACACAUGAACAAUGUCAACGGAAUCGGGGAAAGAAAAGGAUUGUGGAGGAAGAAUUUCGGGAUCUUGACGAGAAACUAAAAAGUGUGAAGAGAAGGCGUUUCCAGGUAGAGCGGAAUUUGAGGUCUAGGGAAUUCGCACUGCAAGAUGUGAAGAAGUCGUAUGUCGCAGAAGCUAGUCCUGCACCUGCAUCUACGGUGGACGAACUUCAACAAGAAAUUUCUAAAGCUCAAGAUGAGAUUAAGGAAAAGGAUAUUUUGUUAGAAAAGUUCAGAGUCAGAUUAAAUGAAGCAGAAACCAAGGCCAAUGAUCUUAAACUUUCGUUCGAAAAUCUAUGUGAGUCAGCGAAAGCAGAGAUUGAUGCCUUUGAGAAAGCAGAGCGUGAGCUGAUGCUGAUAGAAGAAGAUCUACAUUCUGCAGAAGCGGAGAAGAAUCAUUAUGAGGGUGUUAUGAAUACAAAAGUCAUUGCUGAUAUCAAAGGUGCUGAGUCACAAUAUCAGGAGCUUGAACACAGUCGUAAGGAGAGUUACAAGAAGGCUUCUAUUAUAUGUCCUGAGAGUGAGAUUGACGCUUUGGGCGGCUGUGCUGGGAGCACCCCAGAACAACUCAGUGCUCAAUUAAGUAGGCUAAAUCAAAGACUUCAGCAUGAGAGCCAGAGAUAUCCAGAACCUAUUGAUGAUCUCAGAAUGUUGUACGAGAAGAAAGAGCGUAAAAUUUUAAGAAAACAGCAAACUUACAAAGCAUUUAGAGAGAAAUUGAGUGCAUGCCAAAAAGCCCUAGAAUUGCGCCGGAGCAAGUUUCAAAGGAAUGCAACUCUUUUGAAGCGCCAGUUAACUUGGCAAUUUAAUGGCCAUUUGAGAAAGAAAGGGAUCAGUGGGCACAUUAAAGUUUGUUACGAAGCCGAAACCCUCUCAGUAGAGGUAAAGAUGCCUCAAGAUUCAUCGAGCAGCACUGUUCGGGACACCAGGGGGCUUUCAGGUGGAGAACGUUCUUUUUCAACAUUAUGCUUUGCACUAGCUCUUCAUGAGAUGACAGAGGCUCCAUUUCGUGCAAUGGACGAGUUUGAUGUAUUUAUGGAUGCUGUCAGCAGAAAAAUCAGCCUCGACACUAUUGUGGAUUUUGCACUGGCACAAGGAUCCCAAUGGAUUUUUAUCACCCCUCAUGAUAUCAGCAUGGUAAAACAGGAUGAGAGGAUAAAGAAGCAGCAGAUGGCUGCGCCUCGUUCAUGAUAAUGAACCUUGUUUGCAAGAGUUGGGUCUUUUUCUCAUCAGAAGUGUAUCCUCCUAUGUUUAAUUUGUCUUUGUAUCAUAUGACUGCUAUCAAAUAUUUACCUGCUAUGUUAUAUUUACUUAUGUUAUAUUUACAUUAUUAUCUAUCUUGUCAUUCCAAAGCAUUUGUGGCCGGGUUACAAUGUGCUUCUACUUUGUAUUUCCUUUAUAUGUGGUGGGCACUGGCAUAAUUUUACUCGGGUCCUGUGUAUAAAAUUCUGUAGGGUAUUUAUUACUUGUGA